GCCGCACGAAUACUGCGUGAGCCGCCCCUUCCCCCGCCGUCCUCCGGAGGCACGCGAGCUGCCGGAAUCGACAGGCAGCGAGCACCAUGGCCGCCUUCGCCGUCACCCCUUCCUCUUCAAUAUGCGGUGUAUGCAUCCCGACGGCGUGCCGUUUGGAUGCUCGGGACGGGGUCCCCGCGCCGAGGUUCCUCCACAGUCGGAAGCAAGCGAAAAGACGGUCUUCAACAGCUUGGUCCUUGAGGGCUGGUCUAUGGGACUCUCUCAAAUCUGGAUUUUUAAAUACUAAUAACAGUACAGAGACAGUAGAGCCACCUUCAACACCAAUUGAAGACGAAGAACCUAUACCUGAGGAGCUAAUGCUUUUGGAAAGGACACUCCCUGAUGGUAGCACAGAGCAAAUCAUGUUUUCUUCAGCUGGCGAUAUUGAUGUAUAUGAUCUCCAAGCCUUAUGUGAUAAGGUAGGAUGGCCACGCAGACCUCUAACAAAAAUAGCUGCAUCCUUAAGAAACAGCUACUUGGUCGCUACGCUACAUUCCAUAAUUAGAUCUUCGGAAACAGAGGGAGAAGAGAGGAAGCAACUAAUUGGCAUGGCGCGAGCAACUUCAGACCAUGCCUUCAAUGCUACAAUCUGGGAUGUUCUCGUCGACCCAUCCUAUCAGGGUCAAGGUCUUGGAAAAACACUCAUGGAAAAAGUAAUCCGUACUUUGCUUCAGAGAGAUAUCAACAACAUUACACUAUUUGCAGACAGUAAAGUCGUAGACUUCUAUAAGAACAUGGGAUUCGAAGCGGACCCUCAGGGCAUCAAGGGCAUGUUCUGGUACCCCAGGCUCUAGAUGUCGGUGGUGGCGCGGCACCCGUCAAUCGUCUCUAGAAGAGCGACGACCGGCACAGUUUCCUCCAGUGCAGAAGG